CGCACAAACACACACACACACACACACCAGCAGUGAGUUAGCUAAUGCUGAUAAGGAAGGCUGCUAACAAACAGGAGUCCCACAACGGCGAUAGCGCGAGGGUGAUACCGGCAGCGAUAACAUGAAGUCGACACUAGGGCGGACGAAACAGUGUCAUCGUCGAGGUGAUCAUUCUCGUCAUCAUUAUCGUAAUGGCAGUAAUAGCAUUGCUGAUAACUGGAAGUGAAAGUCCACUGGCAAUCACAAGGAUAACCGUACGAUUAACAAACCAUAGUAAGCCGCUUUCUUCCUUCACGCUGCUGGAAGCUUUGUCACCAUGCACCGAGGCAUCGCCAGCCAACAAAAAACUCCAAAGGGAUAAGCGCUGUGAUAAAACUCGCCCGAUAACACUGGCCUUAGUUCCGCCGCCCUUUCAGCUGCGCCGAGAGCAGCACUGACCAGGAUGCUGUCCCUUCUCAUGGCGCUCCUCGCAGUUCCAGCCGUCGCCCUGGAAGUGGCACCCUUGACCAUAAUCGGGAACAAUCUGUUUAUUCACUACGACCUCGGUCCUUCCGAGAACACUAGCGUCAUCCUAUGCACCUACACGCUUGGCGAGGGCCAGGCGGUGUCCGGGGUCCUCUGGGAGAUCCUGAAGGAGGAAGGUUCGGCCGGAACCUUCGAGUGGAAGCCCAACGCCCCUGCGAAUGCCACAGGUCUCCUGAAGGACAAGGUGAACCUCGAACGCGAUGACAGUGACCUGGAACUGACCACGCUGACCUAUGCGCUGAGCGCCAACUACAGCUGCACCGUCACUGCCGACGAUGGCAGGACAGCGAGUGCCAAGGAUGAAAUACUGGUCGUGGACCCCACUAGCAGCCAGGUGUACGUCAACGUUGACGACAGCGAGGCCGCGUGCACCGUCCGGGCGUCCGUCAGGUACUACCCCGAGUUCCCGGAACCGACCGUGGCCGCAGGACUCUUCUCGGAUGACCUCGGCGAGUACUCCGAGAAGGUCAGCAACUGGACCGCCGUCCGCCACGCCAACGGCUCUGUCGCCUUUUCCUUUGGGGAUCGCGUCUUCAAGGUCAGCGCCGACAUACCGCCCGACGCUCGCUUCCAGAGCGAGAUCGGCGUCACCAAGUGCGACGGCACGUACUUGGGCCAGUCGAUAGUGAGCUUCGACUUCGGUUUCAGACGUAGCUGCAGUUUCCUUAGCCUCGGAGCGAACCAGACGGUGAGCUACAACGCUGACAACAGAACGUGUUUCGGACAACCGUACUCGUCCGGAAGCCAAGACCUGGAGGCGAAGGUACAGUGCGUGGACGGCUAUGUCGGCAGUAGGAACGUGACCUCCAUAACGGUGACCUGUGAGGCUCUGAGCGCGACCAAUUACCGCUGGAUCCCUGGGGCCGAGGGCCUUCUGCCGGAGGACCUCGUCUGCGAACCGGAAUCAGCUGGCGGAUCAGCCUCCAGAGUCGCCGUCUCCCACGCCUUUCUGACGGCGACGCUACUGCUCUGCCUCCGCGGCCGCUGAAUUAACCACUUUCAGUGCAUUUCUUUGCAUUAGCCUCUGUCGGGCUUAUCAUGGGAAUACGAUAAUGUUACAGAGUUUAGGAUUACCGAAAUACCAUUUUUGUAUGAAACCGGUUACGUCAGAGGAAAAUGUAAAAGCUAUUAAUAGAUAGAUUGAUAAAUGUGUACAUAUAGAGAUGGAUAGGUAUACAUGUGAAUAUAUAGAGGUAAAUAGAUUGAUUCAUAUAGAUAGAUAGACAGAUAGAUUAAGAGAUAGAUAGGUACUAGCUGGCCAAGUCUCAGUUUCCGGUGAUUUUUUUUUUCUGAAAGCGUAUUUGGCAUCUGCUUAGUUUUUCGUAUCAUUAUUAUUAUUUAUUUUAUAUCAUUUCAUAUUUUAAGUAUUACCAUUGAUCAUCAUUGUUGAUAUUAUUUAUGAAACAGAUGUUCACGAUUUGCACAGGAAAGAAUGAGAAAGCAACUCACACACUGAUUUUGGAGGGACAGUUAACUAUAAUUUACUGAAAAUAUAUACGAAAGUAGGAACAAUAUGUGGAACAGAUUUUCGCUCACUUUAGGGAUAGCAUCUUUAAAAAGCUAAUGAUUAAUCUAUUUUUGUCAAAAAAAAAAAAAAAAAAAAGUUGUAAGGAAGGUAAUAUAUAUCUUUCAACUGAGUAUCUUUGGACAGAAAUAACCACAACCAAUAAUUAAUGACCCGUUCACUCUAUUUGCCUUUAUUGGAUUACUGCGCCUAAUGUUUUUUUUUAUUAUAUCUACGGCAGGAAAGUAAACUUCAUAUAGACCAGUUUUAAUUGUGUGUGCUGAAUAAAUAGAUUCAGAAAGGCAUUCCAUUGCUUUUGUUAUUGCAUUCCCCUGGCAGCAAAAAUUAAUAUAUUGCCAAUUGAAGAAUUCAAGAUAGCGCAAGGAUCAAUAAAGGAAUAAAGUAUAACGACCGAGGUACCAAGUCUAUUGCGAAAAAGGUAUGAAAGUGAAAUGAGAAUUACAUUAAAGCUAUGCAGUUGUAAGGAUUCCAGAAUACAUUUUCCCCGGAAUACAUAAUCGGAACUUACCCAUUGCACAUCCUGUUCAUUCAUCAUUUUUGGAUUUUAUACCUAUUAUAGCUGAGCUGACACAUAAAUAGCUCCCGUACAAAUGUCGCUUCCGUUAUCUCAAAACUUCUCUUCGUAUCAUAUUUAGUCAAACGGUUUUUCAUCCUAAAUCCUUCCACCAGCGUUCUCUUUCGUAUCAGCGAAAAUGCAGGCAGAGUAGUGAUUCGUGGUCAACAGUAUGUUUAUCAGAAAUGACAAAACAAAUAUCUUAAUAACAGGUCUAUUUAGUACAUCACCUACAAGUCAAUUCCCUAAUAUGUAGUAUUUAUAACAGUAGUAGUAAUCUAAACAACACCAACAUGAGGUUUGUGAACAAGGUCCAAAUAGAGACCUAACGUGUUAAAAGUUCCAGCGGCUUCGACUUCGGCGCCAGAAUGCUAGUCGGGAGCUCAUUCACCGAUAGAUAUUGGGGAAUAAAACUGCAGCGCUUUAGUCAACCAAUAGCGGCUGAGACUUUAUUUACAAUAUAAAAACAUCAGUACAACAUGGGUUUCAAGACUUAACCAGGCUAAAGAGCGACGCUUCAUCGGCACUUCACGCACACAAUUUUUUUUUAUCAUCAGCCUGAAGGCUAUUAUUUAUAGAAAUUAAAACUUAAACAAACAGCAUCAUAGCGCAUGCUUACGUGUGUGUAUGUAUGUGUGUGUGUGUGUGUGUGUGU